CCUGCACAGCCGUAUUCAUUCUCAUACGAUAUCACAAACGAUUUCGGGACACGACUGAGCCAGUCGGAGAGUGGGGACGAGAACAACGUGAAAACGGGCAAGUACUCGUAUUCAGAGGCUACUGGCAUCUUCCGCAACGUGAACUACGUCGCUGACAAGGACGGUUUCCAUGUCACCAUCGACACCAACGAGCCCGGCACCAAGUCAUCUGCACCAGCCGAUGUCGUCAUCAAUUCCCAGGCCGCUGACGUCGCAUCGCCUGCGGCGCCCAUAACCAGCAGACCAGCCGCCUUCGUUGCAGCCCCAGCACCACGUCCAAGAUUGGUGCCUCAGCCUUUCCCGCGGCCCGCGCGAUACGUCGCUCCCGUCACCAUUGCACGCUCGGCGCCCAUUAGGCAGGCACGGCCGGCUCCUGUGCGCACAUUUCCUACUCCGGCGGUGACAUCCGCCGCCUUCAGGCCUGGUGGUUCCAGAUCUUUUACGCUUGGUGGCAACCCGCCCCUCACCUACACUUUCGGUAGAAGUCCGUAAAAGCGCAUUGUAUUUGUCAGCAAGCCCUAUGCCCCAUAGGUAACUAUGUACUCCUUUAUUAGGUGUCUAUAACCACCCAUUAUUUGUGCGACAAAGACUUGUGCCCAAUGUGAUUAAAUUACGAUAUGGUGUACAUUGCCAGAUGGUGACGCUCUAUAUGCCUGUCGUGCCGCUUCCAUGUCUAUGCAGCCGGGUUUCUCUCUAUCUCUCUCUCUCUCUUUGUUUUCUGACCAUUACUCCCGGCUGUGAUGGACAUAUAAAGUUAACUGAGCCUCAAGCUUUGCAUGUUAUCAAGACACCAUAACAGUCAGUGCUGGAAAACGCGUGCAUGUAGCGUUUGCAUGUCUGUUCACUCACGUUGCUCACAGUAAACCUUGCACUUUGAUGCUUUUUACAGAUAUUUCUGAUACCAUUUGUACUA